UUCUCUUGUCUUAUUUUUAGCAUUCAUGUUUGGUGAUCCUCACUUCAAAACACUUGAUGGAGUAAGCUAUACAUUUAAUGGCUAUGGUGAGUUCGAUUUACUGAAUAUUUUCAACAGGACAGACGAUUCAUCAAUCAUGAAGAUACAAUGUCGAACCAGAAGAAUCGUUACGGGAGAGGCAACAGUAUUCGAGGCGUUUGCAUUUAAAACACCGGAAACUCACGUACAAGUAAUGACAUCCCUCAACGCAGAAGCUGUAGUCAUUACCGAAAAUUACGCAGAACUGACUCAGUUUCAAUCGCAGAAGGAUUUCCAGUGGCGAGAAAAUGGAGUUUUUAUACGAAGAGCUGUACCUGACCAAGAAAUUUAUUGGAUUAUUUUCUCCAGUGGUAUCACAGCCAGUAUCACAUUCGCAAAUAAAAUCUUACAAUUUGGUCUCUCUGUGACUAUAAACAAGUCAUCGAUAUACACAAACGGAUUGCUAGGAACGUUCAAUGGCAACAAAAGCGAUGACUUCCAGCUUCCUAAUAAUUCCUAUAUUUCAACUGGUUCAGACGAACGGACUAUUUACACAAAUUUCGGUUUACGCUGGGCCACCACUGAUUCAAUAUUUCAAUACGAAAAUGGCCGAAAUGCGAGCAGUUAUCAACAUCCAGAUUACCUACCAGCUUUUUGGAACAGCAACUUCACUACUAACUUUACCGUGAAUGAAUUCUGUAACAAUCAACAGUCGUGUAUCUUCGAUUAUAUACAAACGCAUGAAGAGUCUAUAGCACGCGAGACCCGAGAUGUCAUUGAUACGAUAGCUGUUAUUUCAAUGCUAGAAAGUUAGUCAUUCAUUCGCUCUUCA